AUGGCUGAUAGCAUGGACACCGAUGACAUGACUACGUCCCGUGGGGUAAAGCGAAAUGCUCAAGAAGCCGGUCUCCUCGAGGCCCCAAGAAGAAUCAAGGCUCUCGACCAAGAUGUCGUUAAUAAGAUCGCAGCCGGAGAGAUCAUUGUUGCCCCCAUGCAUGCUCUGAAGGAGUUGCUCGAAAACUCGAUUGAUGCUGGUUCCACUGCCAUUGAAAUUUUAGUGAAGGACGGCGGGUUAAAGUUGUUGCAAAUUACCGACAAUGGACACGGCAUCGAGAAAGAUGAUCUGCCCAUCCUAUGUGAGCGCUUCACCACGUCCAAACUCAAAGACUUUCAAGAUCUCAUGUCGAUUGGUACCUAUGGUUUUCGAGGCGAGGCUCUUGCUAGCAUCAGCCACAUUGCGCAUCUGAGAGUUACCACCAGGACGGCGAGUUCGAGCUGUGCUUGGCAAGCUCAUUAUGCUGAUGGACGUCUGACUUCACCCAAGCCAGGCCAGAGUCCUGAACCCAAGCCUUGUGCUGGGCGUCCUGGCACCCAGAUCACGGUGGAAGAUCUGUUUUACAACGUUCCGAAUCGCCGACGAGCCUUUCGCUCCCCUUCCGAUGAGUAUGCCAAAGUCCUCGAUGUCGUCACCAGGUACGCCGUUCACCGCGAGGGAGUUGCUUUUAGCAUUAAGAAGCAUGGCGAGACCGGCGCUGGCUUCUCUGUAGCUUCCGCCGCUACCAAACUUGAUAGGAUCAGGCAAGCCCAUGGCAGUGCCAUCGCGAAGGAGCUCAUUGAGUUGAGCGUCGAGGAUGACCGAUGGGGAUUUCGCGCAUCAGGUUAUGUGACCAAUGCGAAUUACAGUGUCAAAAGGACCUCAUUUCUCCUGUUCAUCAACAACCGGUCCGUCGAAUCUUCGGCCGUCAAAAAAGCGAUUGAACAGAUUUACCAAGCAUUUCUCCCGAAAGGCGGUCACCCCUUUAUAUAUCUCAGCCUCGAAAUCGAUCCUGCUAGAGUCGAUGUCAACGUUCAUCCCACAAAGCGAGAGGUGCAUUUCCUACACGAAGACGAAAUUAUUGAGCUUGUCUGUUCUGAUAUUCGGGAGCGCCUGUCCAAAGUUGACACCAGCCGUACCUUUAAGACACAGACCCUUCUCCCGGGUGUCGGACCUGCAACCUCUGCUAGUCCCAGGACUUCUAUUCUACAAGAGGAAGUCGAAACCUCAGAUAGCCAACCACGAAGGCAAUCUUCCAACAGAAGGCCUUAUGAGAACAACUUGGUUCGCACAGAUUCAAGAUUGCGUAAGAUCACUUCGAUGCUCCCCCCAGCUCUCACGACUACCAGUUCUGGAGAUACCAUCACGGACCAGACUGAUGGGAUUCAGUUCGCUACCACGCUGAGGGAGCCUGUCAAUGUUCGCCUGACCUCGGUCAAAGACCUUCGCGCCACGGUUCGCGAGUCCAUGCACAAUGCCCUCACAGAAGUAUUUGCAUCGCUGACUUAUGUUGGCCUGGUUGAUACCAACCGCAGAUUAGUAGCAAUUCAGUCUGGCGUCAAGCUCUACCUGGUGGACUACGGCUUAAUAUCAGCCGAGUUCUUCUACCAGGUCGGGCUGACUGACUUUGGCAACUUUGGCCUGAUCACGUUUGAUCCCCCCUUGGACCUCAGGGAACUCCUCGAUAUCGGCGCACAGCACGAAAUACACCAUUCUCCCGAUUGUGCAGACUUGCCAAAGGAAGAAGUCAUACAACGUGUUUAUGAUCAACUGGUUCACCGCAGACAAAUGCUUUCGGAAUAUUUUUCCCUUGAGAUCUCGGAAGAUGGGCUUCUCGGGGCAAUACCGAUGCUGGUGAAGGGAUACUUGCCAUCCAUGGCUAAACUGCCUACCUUUCUCGUUCGACUGGGUCCAUUCGUAGAUUGGACGACCGAAGGAGAUUGUUUUCGUUCCUUUCUGCGGGAGCUGGCCUCCUUCUAUGCCCCGGAACAGUUGUCAAAACCUGCGAGAACAGAGUGCGACCGAAAUGGAGAGCACAACUCCGUUCAGACGGCGCAGAGCAGCCAAACAGAUGAUGCCAUGGACAAAGCACUGGCAAAGCGCUACCAAGAGGUCGAACAUGCUUUAGAGCAUGUCCUUUUCCCGGCCUUCCGGUCACGAAUCAUUGCCACCAACAGCAUGCUGAAAGGCGUCGUCGAGGUCGCCAACCUCAAAGGCCUGUACCGAGUUUUCGAGCGCUGUUAA